UCGAAUUUCACCCGUAACCGCUUUAUGCUCCAUUGCACAGACCGUGGACAAACAUCGGCAAGCUGGUAGUGUAUGUUUUUCAUGUCUGCAAUCACUCAUUUGUCGCCAUUAACUGGAACCUUAUCAUUGAUCACCAGAUUAAUCACUUCGUUCUCAUUAGCUCGUUCCUUCUCCCAUGACUCGCUUUUUUACAGCAAGCUCUUGUCUUCCCCCAAUGACAUGGCUUCCAUAUCUCUUCUCUUUGAUCAAACCGAUCGACCCUCCGUUCAUCAAUGGGACAUCAUCAUCAGAGACAUUUCUUCAAGUUGCCACCCGGAGAAGUCCCUCCUCUCCUACAUUAUAAUGCGUAGAAACGGCGUAAUUCCCAGUAUGCACACAUUUCCUUCCCUUCUCAAAUCCUUUUCCAACUCCAAACAAAACCCAUUUCAGCUUUUGUCUCACAUUUUUAAGUUUGGAAUGGAUUCAGACCCUUUCGUGAGAAAUUCAUUGAUUUCCGCGCUUUUUAGCUCCCUUGACGUGGAGCUCGCUCGUCAAGUGUUCGAUGAAAGUACGCAAACGGAUGUGGUUUCUUGGACUGCUUUAAUUAAUGGGUAUCUGAAAAGUGGUUAUCUUGUUGAAGGCUUGGAAUGCUUCAAUGAAAUGAGGUUAAAGCGUGUCGAAGUUUGUGGAAUGAGUGUCGUUGGUGUCCUCGGCGCUGCAGGGAAAAUGGGUAAUUUUUGGUUUGGACAGAGCAUUCAUGGAUUUUACAUAGAAACAGGGAGGAUUGAAUGGGAUAUUUUCGUUGGUAGUGCCGUUGUUGAUAUGUAUUCAAAAUGUGGCUUCCAUGAUGAUGCUCGAAAGUAUUUUAAUCAAAUGCCAAUUAGAAAUGUGGUUUCAUGGACUGCUUUGGUAGCUGGCCAUUUGCAAGGUAAUAGAUAUAAAGAAGCAAUUAUCCUCUUUCAAGACAUGCUAAUGGAGAAGGUUAGGCCAAGUGAAUUUACAUUUACUAGUGUUCUUACUGCUUGUGCUGAAAUAGGCGGCUUGAUCCAUGGAAGGUGGGUUCAUGGGCAUAUAAUUAGAUUCAAAUCGGAUACGAAUUCGGCCGUUGGGACGGCAUUGAUAAACAUGUAUGCAAAGUGUGGGUGCUUGAAGGAGGCUUUCAUGGUUUUCAAGAAGCUUAGUGGAAAAGACGUUUAUGCUUGGACUGCCAUGAUUAAUGGAUUUGCUAUGUAUGGUGAUGCAAUGAGCUCCUUAAAUCUGUUCAACGAGAUGCUAAGAAGUGGUGUCCGUCCGAAUGAAGUAACUUUCCUCGGUGUUCUUAGUGCAUGCUCCCAUGGAGGUCUUGUUGACAAGGGACGCGAAAUCUUUGCAACGAUGAAGCAAAGGUAUUGCUUAGAACCUGGUUUAGAUCAUUACAGCUGCAUGGUUGACAUGCUUGGUCGAGCUGGUCUAUUGGAAGAAGCAAGGGAGAUGAUCGAAGAUAUGCCGAUAGAGCCUACAGCCAAAGUAUGGGCACCUUUGUUGGGGGCUUGUAUGAUUCACAAGGCAUAUGAUCUAGGUGAAUAUGUAGGGAAGCAUUUGAUAAAACUGCAACCAGAACGUGGCAGUAGAUAUGCACUUUUGGCAACCUUGUAUUCAAGUCACCAAAAAUGGGAUUCAGCAGCUGAAAUAAGAAAGAUUAUGAAAGAGAGAGGCGUUAAAAAGACACCAGGAUGCAGCUGGAUAGAAAUCACUGGUGCAAUUCAUGAGUUUACUUCUUUUGAUUAUUCUCAGCCUGAAUACUAUCGUUUGAAUGAGAUGAUUGAGAGUUUAAUGGUUGAAAUGAGACUUGAUUGUAGCUUAUUUGCAUCUGAUGUGGAUAUGGAGUGAGGUUAUUUUCCGCAAUGUGUGCUUUGUUUGCUGCUGAA